CGCAUUUCCUCUUUCAUUUGUUGGAUUAGGCUACCUAGAGUGAUUAAGAGCGUACAAAGCAAGGAGAUGAUGAGCAUUUUCUGAGAGAAUUAAACGGACUCAAAUAAAUGCAACAAUGUUGCGGGUGUCAGUGGAAUCUGCCAACAAUAUCCCCAAAAAGACAUUCGGAAACCCAGAUCCAAUAACUGCAAUUGUGUUUAAAGGGGAAAAAAAGAAAACCAAAGCAAUUGACAAUGAAUUAAAUCCUGCUUGGAAUGAAGUCCUUGAAUUUGACCUCAAAGGCAGCCCUUUGGAUUCCUCUUCUUUCAUUGAUGUAGUUGUGAAAGAUUACGAAACUAUUGGAAAAGACAAGUUCAUUGGCUCAGCUAAGGUCUUUCUGAAAGAUCUGGCUUCUGGAAACAGCAAGACCCUCCCCGCCAAAAAUCUCCCUUUGAUCAAUGAGAAGCAACUGGCAAUUGGGGCGACAAUUAAUUUGAUGAUUGGAUAUGAACCGCCUGCCAGCAUGACUCCCAUCUCAAAUGACCAGCCUGGUAUAGAUUUGUCACAUGGGGACCCAGAUGAGGGGAAGGAUGAGGAAUAUUUAAAUGGAGGGGGGCAGUUGGGGACACAUGGUGUGACGCCUUUGCCCGGGCAACCAGCGACCCCGAACCAGAAGAUCAGACCCGCUACCCUCAAGAGACACAAAGCCCUGUCUAACAAGCUGCAAGAUUUCCAGAUCCGUGUUCGAGUUAUUGAGGGUCGUCAGUUGCCUGGCAAUAACAUCAAGCCGGUGGUCAAAGUGAGUGUGUGUGGACAUACUCACAGAACCAGAAUCAGGAGAGGAAACAACCCAUUCUUUGAUGAGAUUUUCUUCUACAAUGUCAACAUGCUUCCCUCUGAGCUGUUCGAUGAGUACGUCAGUUUUCGGGUGUAUGACUCCUCCUCACUUAGAGCAGACAGUCUUAUGGGGGAAUUCAAGCUAGAUGUUGGCAACAUUUACGAUGAACCAGCUCAUGCCAUUAUGAGGAAGUGGCUCCUUUUGAGUGAUCCUGAUGACUCCAGUUCAGGGGCCCAAGGCUACCUCAAAGUCAGCAUGAUGGUCAUGGGCUCAGGGGACGAGCCACCGACUGAGAAGAAGGUGCGUAACGAGGAGCAGGACGACAUAGAGAGCAACCUGCUGGUGCCGGCCGGGGUCAACAUGAGACUGGUCACUCUUAACCUCAAAGUGUACCGUGCGGAGGACAUGCCUCAGAUGGAUGACGCAUUUGUACAGACCAUUAAAAAUGUGUUUGGUGGAGCCGGAGACAAAAAAAAUUUGGUUGACCCUUUUCUGGAGGUCAGCUUUGCUGGAAAAAAGCUGUGCACCAAAAUAAUUGAGAAAAAUGCCAAUCCAGAGUGGAACCAAGUGAUAAGCCUCCAGGUCAAGUUCCCCUCAAUGUGUGAAUGCAUCAAGUUGACCUUAUAUGACUGGGAUCGACUAACUAGGAAUGAUAUUAUUGGGACUACAUUUCUGAAUAUGAACAAAAUAGCUUCAUUUGGGGGAGAGAUUGAAGACACACCUGCUGAAAAUGUCAACACUCUGUCAUCUAAAGUGAGCAGUGCAGAGUCAGAGUUUGGCUUUCUCCCUGCCUUUGGGCCAUGCUACCUUAACUUGUAUGGGAGUCCCAGAGAGUUCAGUGGCCUGCCAGACCCAUAUGAGGAACUCAACAUGGGCAAGGGUGAAGGAGUGGCUUACAGGGGCAGGGUGCUCAUCGAGGUAUCCACUGAGAUGAAGGACAAAGCCAGGAUGCUGGACGACAUCCCCAAUGACGACAUCCUGGUGACGCAGAAGUACCAGAGGAAGAGGAAGUACUCGCUGUGCGCCGUGUUCCACAGUGCGUGUAUGCUCCAGGAGCCAGGAGAACCGAUCCAGUUUGAGGUCAGCAUUGGCAACUACGGUAACAAGCUGGACUCCACCUGCAAACCCUUGCCGUCCACCACCCAGUACAGCUACGCUGUGUUUGACGGUAACCACUACUACUACCUGCCCUGGGCUGACACCAAGCCUGUCGUCAUUCUUACCUCCUCUUGGGAGGACAUUGGCCACCGCCUGGAUACCGUCAACAUCCUCCUCUUCCUUGCGGACAGACUUGAGUCCAACUUGACCUCUCUGAAAACAGCCAUCCUCGCCAAGGCUUCCGAUGCCCGUCUGGCUGAGAUCUGGCUAAAACUCAUCAACCUUGUGAUCGAAGACCUAAGCAGUUUCCAUGUCCCAGAGCUGGAGGGCAGGCCCAACCUGACAGCCCUAGACCUCCAGAUCAAGACCCUACGCGAUGCUGUGGUGGCCAGCAUCAGAGACAUGGCCAAGCGGAUGAAGGAGGAAGCCACCAACAUUAAAGUCACGCUGAGUGACAUUGAGGACUGGUUGUAUAGGCUCCAGCAGCUGGCUGAUGAGCCCCAGAAUAGCUUGCCAGACGUGAUCAUCUGGAUGCUGCGAGGAGAAAAGAGGGUGGCCUAUGCCCGUGUCCCAGCCAAUCAGAUCCUUUAUUCCACCUACAGCGAGCAAGCCUGUGGGAAGCAUUGUGGCCGCACACAGACCAUCUUCAUGCAGUAUCCCAUGGACAAAAACAAAGGUGUAAAGAUCCCAGUUCAGGUCCGUGUCAACAUGUGGCUGGGACUAUCUGCUCAUGAGAAGAAGCUCAACAGCUUUGCACAAGGGACCUUCAGCGUGUUCGCAGAAAUGUAUGAGAACCAGUCCCGGGUGCUUGGGAACUGGGGUACGACAGGGCUAGUGCACCGCCACAAGUUCUCUGACGUGACAGGGAAGGUCAAACUGAAACGGGAGUGUUUUCUGCCCCCACGAUGUUGGGAAUGGGGCGGGGAAUGGUUUGUCGACCCACAAAAAUGCUUACUGACUGAGGCAGAUGCAGGGCAUACAGAGUUUACAGAUGAAGUCUACCAGAAUGAGACACGCUUUCCUGGUGGGGAGUGGAAGCCUGCGGCUGAGCCCAACACAGACGUGAAUGGGGAGAAGAGCCAGGGACUUGGAGAGAUUGAAUGCCCACCUGGCUGGACCUGGGAAGAUGACUGGAGCUUCGACAGCAACAGGGCAGUGGAUGAGAAAGGCUGGGAGUAUGGUGUCACCAUUCCUCCUGACGACAAGCCCAGAUCUUGGGGGGCAGCAGAGAAGAUGUAUCAUGUCCAUCGCAGAAAGAGACUCAUACGCCCCCGGAGGAAGACAACCAGUACUGCAGCUACUCCUGAGCGCAGGGAUCCAGGUGAGGGUUGGGAAUACUCGUCCCUGAUUGGCUGGAAGUUUCACAGGAAGGAACGUUCGUCGGACAAGUUUCGCCGCCGUCGCUGGAGGAGGAAGAUGGCCACAUCUGACACUGAAGGGGCCUCUGCCAUCUUCAAACUGGAGGGGGCGCUAGGGGUCGAUGUUGAUGAAAAGGCCAGCAAAAAGGACCCAGCCAAAUUUUUUGGUGCCAACACGCCCACAGUUUCCUGCCACUUUGACCGGUCCUACAUGUAUCAUCUCAGAGUGUAUGUCUAUCAGGCCAGACACCUCACAGCUAUGGACAAGGACAGUUUCUCAGAUCCCUACGCCCAUGUAUCCUUCCUUCAUGUCAGUAAGACCACUGAGAUCAUCCGAACCACUCUGAACCCCACCUGGGACCAAACCCUCAUCUUUGAUGACCUAGAGAUCUACGGUGACCCUCAGAUCAUCGCCCACAACCCCCCCAGCGUUGUUCUUGAGAUUUUUGACAGUGACCAGGUGGGUAAAGACGAGCCCAUGGGGUGGUGUCGCUGCCCUCCAAUAGUGAAGCUCAACCCUGCCACAGCCAUCAGCCCCAAACUGCUGUGGUUCCCCAUUAUCAAGAAGGGCCACGGUGCCGGUGACAUGCUGGUGGCUGCUGAGCUCCUUCUGAAGGAUAAGGUGAAUCAAGGGGACCUGCCCCUGGUUCCUCCCAGAAGGGGAGAGAAGCUCUACAUGGUUCCUCAGGGUAUACGGCCUGUGGUUCAGCUCACUGCCAUUGAGAUCCUGACCUGGGGUUUGCGGAACAUGAAGGCUUAUCAACUAGCUAGUGUGUCAUCACCCAGUUUGAUUGUGGAAUGUGGAGGGGAGGUUGUACAGACCACCGUCAUCAAGAACUUCAAAAAGAACCCCAACUUCCCCAGUUCUGUUCUCCUCCUUAAAGUGCUCCUACCCAAAGAAGAGAUGUACACCCCUCCCAUAGUGCUGAAGGUGAUAGACCACAGGCCAUUUGGCAGGAAGCCGAUUGUGGGUCAGUGCACUAUCGACACCUUGGAGGAGUAUCGCUGUGACCCCUACUGCAAUGACACUGAGGGGAUCAUGUCUGCCAAAGUGUCCAUGAUAGCAGCUGCCCAGGAUAGUUUUAUCAUCAACAUUGAGGACAGAGACAGCCCCAUCUCGAAUACUCAGGAGGACGAGGUUGUUGACUGGUGGUGUAAGUUUUAUGCCUCCAUUGGAGAACUGGAGCGGUGUGGACCUUACCUGAAGAAAGGAUACGACACUCUGAAAGUACACCAAAGCGAGCUGGAGGACGUCCCAGAGUUCCAAGGGCUGACAGACUUCUGCCACACCUUCAAGCUGCAGAGAGGGAAGAGUGAGGAAGAGGAGGAUGACCCCUCUGUUGUGGGAGAGUUCAAGGGCUCGUUCCGGGUGUACCCCCUGUCAGAUGAUCCGGCGGUGCCUGUUCCUCCCCGCCAGUUCAGGGAGCUGCCUGAGAGCAGGCCACAGGAGUGCCUAGUGAGGAUCUAUGUGGUUCGCUGUAUGGACCUGCAGCCUAAGGACAACAAUGGCUUGUGUGAUCCAUACAUUAAGAUUUCUCUGGGAAGGAAAUCGAUAGAUGACAGGGAACAUUACAAACCCAACACCCUCAAUCCGGAGUUUGGAAGAGUGUUUGAGCUGUCCUGCUUCCUGCCUCAGGACAAGGACUUGAAGAUAUCUGUGUAUGACUUUGACCUGCUGAGCAGGGAUGAGAAAGUGGGUGAAACGGUUAUUGAUGUGGAGAACCGACUCCUCUCUCGCUUUGGCUCCUACUGUGGUCUCCCUCAGUCUUACUGCAUCUCUGGGACUAACAAGUGGAGAGAUCAGCUGAAGCCGAUCCAGAUCCUACAGAACCUGGCCAAGCUCAGAGGGAUCUCCUCUCCCCGCAUAGAGGGAGACGGCAGCUCUCUGUCUUUCGCAGGGAAAGAAUACAGCCUGAUGGACUUCGAGGCUGACAAAAAGAUCCACCAGCAUCUGGGCCCAGCCAAGGAGAGGAUGGCCCUGCAUGUCUUGAGGACCCAGGGGCUUGUACAUGAACAUGUGGAGACCAGGACUCUCUACAGCUCCUACCAACCGACACUGUCCCAGGGAAAGAUCCAGAUGUGGGUGGACAUCUUUCCCAAAAGCCUGGGCUCACCGGGACCGCCCUGUGACAUCAAGCCCCGCAAAGCCAAGAAAUAUUUCUUGCGGGCCAUUAUUUGGAACACCACCGAUGUCAUACUGGAUGAAACCAGCAUCACGGGUGAACACAUGAGUGACAUCUAUGUCAAAGGAUGGAUGCCAGGCAUGGAGGAGGACAAGCAGAAGACCGACGUCCACUACAGGUCCCUGGAUGGCGACGGCAACUUCAACUGGAGAUUAAUCUUUGGUUUCGACUAUCUGCCUGCAGAGCAGCUAUGCCUUGUGUCCAAAAAAGAGCAUUUCUGGAGCCUGGACAAAACUGAGUUUAGAACACCCCCAAAGCUGAUCAUUCAAAUUUGGGACAAUGAUAAAUUUUCCUUGGAUGACUACUUAGGCACCAUAGAACUCAACCUGCUCCAUCUGAUCCCUCCGGCUAAAACCUCUGAGAAAUGCAGUCUGAAGAUGAUACCAGGAGUGACAGACACCACCCCUUCCAAAAGACCAAAGCCCAACUCUCUCUUCUCCCAGAAGUCUGUGCGUGGCUGGUGGCCAUGUGUCAUCGAACAGGACGGGAAGCAUGUUCUGGGAGGAAAGGUUGAGAUGACUCUUGAAGUAGUGGAUGGAACAGAGGUGGACGAGAAACCUGCUGGAAAGGGACGAGAUGAGCCCAAUAUGAACCCUAAACUGGAGCAUCCCAAUCGUCCUGACACCUCCUUCUUCUGGUUCACAAAUCCUUGCAAGACAAUGAAGUUCAUAAUUUGGCGCAAAUUCAAAUGGAUAUUCAUUGGUUCGAUAUUGCUGAUACUUGUUCUGUUGUUCCUUGGGAUCUUGCUGUACUCACUACCGAACUACAUUUCAAUGAAAAUUGUGAAACCAUUCUCCUAGAAGAAGAAUUAUAGAGCACACUGGUUCAGAUGUCAGCCUGCCUUACACCAUAUUUGCACAAAUCUACAACGGACACUCUUCAAACCAAUGAAAUAUCUUUCAGUUGUAUUAAGUUUUGGCAUUUACGAUUGCCAUAGUCUUGUUUUUAUAACUUGGAUUCAUACAUUCCUUAUCUUGUCAUUUUACAAAUGUUGUAGGCCUACUCUUGCAGUAGGCUAUCUGUUUAAAAAUACUCUCAUGUUAAUGAAAAUAUUGUACUGUUUUUCCAUCAUUACUCAACUAACAUUCAGCUUUUUUUUCAUUUACAGUCCUGGCCAAAAGUAUUGGCAAUGACAUACAUUUUGUGUUUGCAAAGUUUCCUGCUUCAGUUGUUGUGGUGUUGAUUCACAUCAAAUACAAAUUUAAUUGCCCCCCU